AUGCCUCGGAAGUCCAAGCCGCUGUCACCUUCACCAGAUUCCGGUGGGGUAGAGUUGGCAUCCAUGCAUGUCGACACCGCUCUCCGUCCCCAGGUCCAACUCCGCAGGUCGGGCCGGGGCCUGAAGACCCUCGAGCCCGAUGAUAUCAUGAAGGCGACAGCCGGAAACAUGUUGGGGCUCAGACCUCCGGAAGGCGAAGAUGCAAACAGUGAGGAGAUGGAAGAGCAUAAGGACACGCUCAAAGAGGAAAUGCGCCUUGCCAUCGAGGGGCUCGCCAGGAUGGAGCGUCGGCUGAGGAGUGCGACAAAGAGGCAAAAGCUGCAGCUUAAAGAGGAGGCCGAGUUGUCGAAGCAACGGAAGGCCGCCAUCCAGGAGGCAGCCCAAUCCGAAUCUCUCGAACAAGCGUCCCUGAGGAUGGUAGAGCCAACAGCAGAGCCGACAGCAGAACCGACAAAUGGAACACAACUACCGACCCCGGAUGAGGGGGAGAAAGAUAACUUCGCCAGGAAUAUCACCGGAGGACAAGGCCCGGACCUCGAGACUUCCAGGAUAGAUGCUCCAGAGGAGGCACCCGACAUUCCCGAACGUGGUGCCGCCAGAGCGCCGCCAGUCAACAGUGACUAUCUGCCAUUACCAUGGAAAGGCCGGUUAGGCUACGCAUGUCUCAACACGUAUCUGCGCUCGGCCAAGACGCCCGUCUUUUGCUCCCGGACCUGUCGCAUGUCCUCCAUCGUCGACCAUCGGUACCCGCUCACCGACCCGUCCCAGCCCGAACACUCGGUCAAAAACCGCCCAGACCGGUCCAAGGAGCCUUCCGUUGAACGAGGACAGCGGUUCCUGCAGAACCUCGGCCUCACCAAUGCCCGGGAUAUCAUCCGCAUGCUGCGCUGGAACGACAAAUAUGGCAUCAAGUUCAUGCGCCUCAGCUCCGAGAUGUUCCCCUUUGCCAGCCACCAAGAACACGGCUACAAGCUGGCCCCCUUCGCUUCCGAGGUGCUGGCCGAGGUCGGCAAGGUCGCCGCCGAGCUGGGCCACCGCCUCACCACCCACCCGGGCCAGUACACCCAACUGGGCUCGCCCCGUAAAGAAGUCGUCGACGCCGCCAUCCGCGACCUAGAAUACCACGACGAGAUGCUGUCCCUCCUCAACCUCCCCGCCCAACAAAACCGCGACGCCGUCAUGAUCCUGCACAUGGGCGGUGUCUACGGCGACAAAGCCGCGACCCUCGAGCGCUUCCGCGCCAACUACGCACGGCUCUCCCCCUCCAUCCAAGCCCGCCUCGUCCUCGAAAACGACGACGUCGGCUGGAGCGUGCACGACCUCCUCCCCGUCUGCGAAUCCCUCAACAUCCCCCUCGUCCUCGACUACCACCACCACAACAUCAUCUUCGACCCCGCCCACUGCCGCGAAGGCACCCUCGACAUCAGCUCCCCUGCCCUUCAGUCCCGCAUCACCGCCACCUGGACCCGCAAGAAUAUCCGCCAGAAAAUGCACUACAGCGAGCCCUGCCCGGGCGCCGUCACGCCCCGCGACCGCCGCAAGCACUCCCCGCGCGUCAUGACCCUGCCCCCCUGCCCCCCCGACAUGGACCUCAUGAUCGAGGCCAAGGACAAGGAGCAGGCCGUCUUCGAGCUGAUGCGCACCUUCAAGCUGCCGGGGUUCGACCGCGUGCGGGACAUGGUCCCCCACGUCCGCCCGGACGAGUCCCGCGCCGCGCCGAAGCAGACGCCCCUGGGGAAGAAGCGGCAGAAGCCGGCGAGGAAUCUGAAGAGGAAGCGCGCGCCCGAUGAGGAGCCCGUCGAGUUGAAUGAUGUGGGCGCCGGCGCGGACGAUCAGGAGCUUAUGGAGGAGAGGGGCAGGGUCGUCAGUGAGGAGGAUUAUGCGAUGGGCGGGCCCGAGGGGAGGGUCUAUUGGCCGCCGGGGAGGGAGGAUUGGUUGAAGCCUGUGCGGAGGGGGGUGCGAAGGCGUUGA